AUGCCCCCAAAGAAGAACCCUGUAGUCCUUUCAGGUCCAAAUCAACGUUCAUCUAGAAGGGUCAACAAUGCAACAGUGACACAAUCAGAUGAGCCACUCCACUCUGCUACUGAGCAAAACACUGACCGUCGCUCAACUCUUCGUCUUGUACGCAAUCAAAACCCAGGGAUUGUGGAUGCUCCACGGCCCAAGCGAACAUCUGAAGAAGUAGCAAAGGAAAAGAAAACUCAACAAGCCGAACAGCAAAAACUGGCCUCACGUCGCAAAACUUCAAUCCAAAAGGCGGCAGCCAUCGAGGAUCAGCUUCUUCAAGAAGAGGAAAAUUUAAAAAAAGAUUGUUUCAGUGAUAGUAUGGAAGUAAUAUCCAACUCAAGAACUCACUCGUCCAAAGGCUCCAUUGAAUCUUUACCCCAUCAAGAAUCUAACGCUUCGAGUCUACCAGAUUACGACGAAAUUAGCGGCACACCUUUGACGUCGGGUGACAUUUCAUCGGGUGGUGGCACUGAUGAAGAAUACGUUGAUAAUAGUCAAGUUGAGUCUGAAGACUCAGACCUGGAUGACAGCGGAGGUUUGGACGAUGACACUGAGCUGUCCCAAACAAAGUCAAAGGGAAGUCGGAAGGACAAACGAGGAAAGCUUAGAAACCAGGUGAAUGCUUAUCGAUUGACGGAAAAUACCCAAGAACCAUCGGUAGGAAACAAACGGAAAGGGCGAGUGACACAGUCUAGCAAACCUGCGAAAUUAAAAAAGUCGAACAUUGGCGGCAUACGUGAUGAUUGGAAUGAAGAAACAUACGAAGAACGUUUUGAUCUUGUACCCGAUAUAGAAAGCCUUCCUCCUAGUUCCAAUGCUAGUGGUACUAGUGGUGCCAGUGAUAUGGAGGUAAACGAGGAAGAAGAUGAUGAUGUAGAGGUUAUGGAUGGAAUUAGUGAUGAUGAAAGGGAGGUGGUUGAAAGGCGCGCCAACGCAUCAAAUCCCCGUGGAAAGUUCUCUCCACAUCCUGGGUCUACGGGUCGUUCCUUGGCCAAAGUUGUAGCCACAACAUCUGUACCAACUUAUAUUUCCCCCGCUUCAUUGGAUGCAAGGCUCAAACGGAAACAAGAAAUUCGUGCUAAAGUCGAUCUUCCGUCUGAACUGAGAUUGUCAUACGAUGAGCAAUUCUCUCCGAUGCUCCGUGAACUAAUUGGCAUUAUAAAUCCUUGGGAGCGUCCAUCAGAGCAGCAAAUACUAGAUCUUUGGCAUAAAGUGUUUCCUGAAGUACCGUUGGAAGGGUGGUUAAAGACUGUAGUGACCAAAUUGGUUGAAAAUAAUAUCUAUAACUGGCGUACAAAACUCGCACAAACAGCUGGCAUAUUUCAGCAUCCACUCAUAUUAUCGACACUCGCCUACCAUUACUCCAGCAUAUCCGCAAUCCAUUCUAGUGCUCGACGUGAUGACAAACCGAUAGGCGCGCUGAUAAUGGCUAUUCAGGCGUCCCAUCAUGCUAUCUCUCACUGGCUUACUGGCGAACAUCUGAAGAUUCAGCGGCCAUUGGGAGACUUUUCAAAGGACAACUGGGGAGACAAUCUGACACGCGAUCCAAAGAACUAUCCCACACUCCUACCCGGAUUGGUUCAGGAAAGCAAAGCUACGUCCAAUCUGCUGCGUGUAGUUAUGAAACUUACAGAUAAGCGGUGGGAGAAAAUUAUUCAGGGUGCGAUGAAGGCUACACGUAGGCACAAGAGUAUUACAAUCCAGCCAGUAGCACCAGCCGCCCCCGAUGCCAUCGAGGAACCUCUUUCCGACUUUUCUAUUCUCGAUAACGAUAAUGACAGUGAUUAG